AUGCCCAAAUUUGUACCCCGCCAACGAAAGCAAAAACACAGAGAAAAAAAUGCGGUGCUAAACACUUCGGUGGACACCAAUGCCGCCGAGAUAUUGCCCGUAUCCAACAGUGACAAGGAAGCAAAACGACAGCAUCUUCGAGAGGAAUUGAGAGCGCAACAUGCAACCAUCUCGUCAAAGAAACAAAAGCGUUUGGAUAAAUAUAUUGAAACUAAACUCAAGAAAGAAGAAAAUCUUGAGCUGCUCAAAAAGCUCGCAAAAUCCAAAACAGAUACUACAGCACUGCAAAGCUCAAAGGAGCUAGGAAAGCGCAAAAGAAAUGAUGAGCGCAGCAAGGCCUUGGCUCCUGCAGUUGCUCAAGACCGCAGUACCCAGCCGGAACUAUCAGACGAUGACAGCGAUGAUUCACUUCCUCCAUACAAAAUAAUGCCCACCGAAACAGCUACUCAGCCUGCAGCAACUGUAGCUCUUGGUAGCGGUCUAAAACGCCCUCUCGAACUGGGGUCAGAUGGAUUCCCUGUCCUUAAGAAGCGGAAACGAGUACCCAAAGCAAAGCAGAUGGCGAUCGCGGCACAAGAGUUACCAUGGGAAGGAUUUGAUUCGGAUUCGGACGAGGGGCAAAAUGUUAGAUCUUCCGCAAGCUUGGAGAGUGAAGAUAAAAAGGAUAAGAGUAUGGAUGAAAGCGACGAUACCCAGGAGCCAGUAGAAGAAACGUCAGAUGAUGACGAUAGUGAUGAGGAGGACGAAGAUGACGAAGAUUGGGAUGAAUCAAGCGAACAGCCUCAUCAGUCCGCAUUUAAGGCUUGGGCAAGGCAACAGAUCAACGAGGCCGUAGGCUUCAAGCCUACUACGAGCCCAAUCGUGUCCGAAGGGUUAACAAUCAUCCCGGAAUCCAAAAAGCCAGCUAAAAACACCGUUUUUGCGGAGGAACCUCUUCCCCCAGAGCUCCAGGUAACCCAGGGAAACCCUAGCCGGAAGGCCUUCAGUGUCCAGGUCGAUCGCACGGAAGAAAUACAGAACGCACGUUUGGGGUUACCUGUAGUAGGAGAAGAACAAAAGAUCAUGGAGGCAAUCCACAACAAUUCUGUCAUUGUAAUAUGGGGAGCUACUGGAAGUGGAAAAACCACGCAAUUGCCACAGUUUCUGUUUGAAGCCGGUUUUGGAAAUCCUGACAGCCCAAAUCCAGGCAUGAUCGCAGUGACGCAACCACGCAGAGUUGCUACUGUUAGUAUGGCGAAACGCGUGGGUGAUGAAUUGGGCCAGUUUUCCGACCACGUCUCCUACCAGAUUCGGUUCGAGAGCACAGUAUCCAAGAAAACGGCAAUCAAGUUCAUGACCGAUGGUAUCCUCAUCCGAGAGAUUGCCGAGGACUUUUCUCUGAGCAAAUAUUCCAUAAUUGUGAUCGACGAAGCCCACGAGCGGAGCGUCAAUACAGAUAUUCUCAUUGGAAUGGUAAGCCGUAUUGUCGAGUUGCGGAAAACCAUGAGCGAAGAAGACCCCUCCGUCAAGCCCCUUAAACUCGUAGUGAUGUCGGCAACUUUACGCAUUUCCGAUUUCACUCAAAACAAGAGUCUUUUCCGACAGGGACCGCCUCCUUUGGUCCAGGCGGAAGGCCGCCAGUACCCCGUCACCGUACACUUUUCUAGAAGGACUCAUCGCGAUUACGUCGAUGAGAUGUUCCGGAAAGUCUCAAGGGGCCACCGUAAGCUGCCUUCCGGAGGCAUGCUGGUUUUCCUGACAGGGCAGAACGAGAUACGACAUCUUUCGAAGCGACUGAAGCAGGCGUUCAAACCUACGCAGCGAGGUGAUGUUGCUCAAGCCAAAGUGCAACUCUCAGCGAACGAUGCACCGCUUGAAGCGGAAGACCUCGAUAUAGGUGGGACCGACUUAUCUCUAUCCAACCUUGCGGACGAGGGCGAAGACAGUGAUUUUGAGAUUACUGGUCUCGAUGACCCGGAGAUAGAUGAAGGUUUCGAUCUGGGAGAGGAAGCAAUGAACUCGUCUACUCGCGUCCAUGUGUUGCCGUUAUACUCUCAGCUUCCUACAAAGGAGCAGUUGAGAGUCUUUGAAACACCACCCGAGAGCUCACGUCUCAUCGUUUUAGCUACCAAUGUAGCCGAGACCAGUCUUACAAUUCCAGGCAUCAAAUACGUGUUUGACUGUGGGCGAGCUAAGGAGAAACAGUACGAUUUGUCCACGGGGGUACAGAAGUUUCAAGUCAACUGGAUUAGCAAGGCCAGUGCGAACCAAAGAGCUGGACGGGCUGGUAGAACUGGGCCGGGCCACUGCUAUCGACUCUAUUCGUCCGCCGUUUACGAAGGCGAAUUUUCCGAAUACACUGAUCCUGAGAUUCUACGGACGCCCAUUGAAGGUGUCGUUCUUCAGAUGAAGAGCAUGGGUCUACACAACGUUAUCAACUUCCCCUUCCCAACUCCCCCUAGUCGUCAGGGUUUGACCAAAGCAGAAAAGCUGCUCAAAAAUCUUGGUGCACUCUCAACCGUGGGAAAUAUCACUCAAACCGGACGUCACCUGUCUACGUAUCCUUUGUCCCCGAGGUUCGGGAAAAUGCUACAGAUCGGCCACCAGCACGGCUGUAUGCCUUAUGUUAUCGCCCUUGUUGCGGCCUUAGCAGUGGGUGACCUGUUUGUGCCCGAAAAUCAGAUCGAUCCUACACCGGCCAAGGGCGAUGAUGAGAGAGAAGGCGUCUACACAAACUCGGAUCGACUGGAAGACACGGCCAGGGAACAACGCCACAAGGACUACGCUCGAGUCCACCGACUUUUCAGCAAACAUGAUGAUACAGCAGAUGCCCUGAAAACUCUGUCCGCCGUCUGUGCAUAUGGUUAUGCAUCUGAUGGAGAUGCAUUCUGUGAAAAGAUGUUCCUCCGCGCCAAAGCGUUUAAGGAGGCCACCCAACUGCGGAGUCAGUUAACGGAUAUUGUGCGGGCCAACAACCCGGCCCUUAUAUCCGCCUACCAGGCACGAUUGCCCGAACCAACCGAGAAGCAAGUGAAAGCGCUGAAGCAAAUAGUUGCGGCCGGUUUUAUUGACAAUGUUGCGAUCCGCGCUGACCUGGCACCUGUUCCGCCUGAAAUGGCACGGACACCGAAAAGGGCAAUUGAUGUUCCAUACAUCACGCUCCUCAGCUCCCGCGAAGGACCAGCCGUAGAGCUCAAUGAGAAGGCGGUUUUCGUGCACCCGUCUUCGUUAAUUGCGCGCCUCUCUCCCAAAGAAAUGCCUCAAUACAUCAUUUACUCUCACUUGCAGCAAUCGACGCCGUCGGCUGUAUCCGACCAGUCGUCAAAGAUUCGAAUGUAUCCUCUUGUUGUGCCAAGUGGUUUGCAGCUCUCGGCCAUUGCGCAAGGAACACCGCUUAUUGAAUACGGCAAGCCAAUUGGGAAGAUUGAGGAGAUCGCCGGAGUUCCACCGCGACGAGCUUGUUGGGUGAUUCCUUCUCUGGUGGGCGAGACUGGCCGUAUGGGAUGGCCCUUACCAGCCAAGAAGGUGAUUCAGAGGAAAGAUCCUAAACACGGAUGGGUGAUUGAGAAGCUUAAUGCUUAA